AUGCCACGAGGCGAAGGCCUGAGUGGCCUUUUUGACAAGCAGGUCGGUCCUGGCUCCAGGGGGAGGUGGAUGAAUAGAUCGCAGCUAACCCGGAAUCUGUGGCGAGGGCAAAGGAAGAUUCAUGAGUGCUUCUCCGGCUUCACGUUGGCUCACAUCGAAGGGGUGAUGGAGGAUCAAAUCCGAACAAUCUCUCGGUUCGGACCUCCGAUUAUCCUCCACUGCUCGCAAACUGCACUUCGUGCGGACUAUGUCAACUGA